AUGAUGUGGACGCGUGUCCCGCUAUUCGUCCUCGCGGGCAUACUGCUAGUACGCCAAGCCAGCGCUGUGCCCGCUGACACAUCCAAGGGCAAGGAUAUAGUUGACGAAGGCGCAGGUCCCAGCAGCCCAACACCAUCUGACACGGGGGCACUAGUCGCGCAUCGACAUUUGAACGAGCUGCAGCUGCUUGAUCCUCCUCCUACUAACCCAUUCGACCCAACGCCACUUUCAUUCGACGACGUGGUUGAUGGACGCUAUCUUCCUACGCCGAUCGCCUCGACGCACAUCUCGCAGUUGACCGAAGCCGAAAACGAUCCAACGACCUUGCUUCUAGCCGACGAUACCCGACACUCGGUAGGUCCCAUCGUCGACCUGACCAAUCCUCGAUCCUAUCGGUCCUUCAAUGCGCUCGUGCACCGCUAUCGAAUGGUGAACUUCUACCGCAUUCUACCCGAUGGCUCAAUCGAUGCUCGAUCGCUAUUCUUCUCCCCGCGCGCCAAAAAACUCCUCUCCAUCACAAGAGGUGCCCCCCUCGUCGCCCUGCAAGAGCGCAUCAGUAAAAUCGAACACAUCCGUCGCAACUAUGGCGACAACGUCGCUUGGGCGAGGUUUCACCGCCCUUUCACUCCAGUCAGUAGAGCGGUCCGAGAGUCUGGCGUGCAAGUACAACCAACCUGGAAGGAUAUCCUCGCUACCGGGUUUUACCAGACCCCCAUAAGAGGUCGGGCAGAAGAGAUCAGGACCUACUUUGACACACACCGCAUGGCAAAGCUCAUCAGCAUCGACGGAAUGCACUUUCUAGGCAUCAGGAUCGAUGCGGAUGGCAUUGCUUCCCACCUAGAAGCCCCCAUGCAUCAGUUUCAUCCCUGA